UAGGUUUCUUUCUUUGCCAUUUAACCGCAGGCUCUAGGCUUUAGUUGAUCUCUUGUACAAUUAGUAGAAUUUUUUUGGUUCCCAUAUUGUAUAUAAUUUAAAUAUAAUACAGCCAAGUAGUGUACAUUGUAUUUACCAUGGAAACUAGGUUGACAAUUACUGCCCAGUUUAUAAGUGAUGGUCGUUCUUUGGGGUACGAAGGUGAAAGGUUGGAGAGGUAUGUGGCUGAGCAGAAAGAAGACUAUGAAAAAGCUAAGAAAGAGGCGAAGGCAGAGGAGAAGGCCAGAUUUGAACGUGAGGAGAAGGCCAAGCGUGAGGAAAACGAGAGGUGGAAAGAAAGAGAUGCCAGGGAGGAACUCAAGAGGAAAGAGGAGAUGGAACUAGAAAGAAUGAAGGAAAAGUCAGCAACAGCGGCUGGGACGGCAACACAGGCAGAGGUGCGGCCUAGAAAUGUUUUAGAUAAACUUGACAAGAGCUUCCAGGGAAUGAAGGAAGACGAUGACCUGAUGGCAUAUUUAACACACUUUGAGGCCGUCGCAACAAGAUGCAAGAUUGAUAGAAAGGAAUGGUCAUUGCUCAUGUCCUAUAAACUAACUACCUUUCUAAGAAACUGUAUGCUGCGUGACAGUCUGUUUUUGAAUGAAAAUUAUGAGGAAGUGAGGACCGUAUUACUCCGACAUGCGGAUAUAAACGCGGAAACCUGCCGCAAGAGGUUCCAUCGGGUAAAACCACGACAGAACGAUUUUAGGGGUUUUGUCACAGAGCUGCGAAAUGCGUUGGACAAUUGGUUGAAAAUGGCUGAAGUAGGCAAGACUGUGGAAGAAGUGAAAGAGUUGCUGGUGAAAGAUAGAAUACUUGAGAAUGUGUCCGGUGAUGUGUACAAGCAACUGAUAAUAAGUAAGAAAGGCACCGUUGAUGAUAUGAUUGAUGUUAUUGAAGGUUUUAAGGUUGCUAGUGAGGGUGUGUCGCUUGCUAAGGAAGACAAAGUGUAUGUUGCGGCAGCGUGUAGUGAGCCUGUGAUGAAUCGGAGUCCUGGGGGCAAAAGGAUGGAGAUCGCUUACUUCAGUUGUGGUGAAAGGGUUCCAGAGAUUUACCCGAUUAAUUCAACUGAUAGGGAAGACGAUUGUAAUACUGUGGUCAGAGCACAUGAGCAGAGGCCAAGUGAUAGAUGACUAGAGGGCCGUCGCGAGUCCAAGAGUCGUCGUGACUAUAAGCUGAUUCCGGAUCGUUACACAGUGACAGUUAGAAAUUUACCAUAUAAUGUUAACUGGCAGAAGUUAAAGGAUAGGUUUAGAGAUGUUGGUUUGGUGGGAUUUGUGGAGGUUUUGAUGGCGAAUGGGAAGUCAAUGGGUGUAGGUCAUGUUAGGCUCAGGAACCUGGCAGACGUUGCGAGAGCAGUUAAAUAUUUGGAGAAGUCCAAAUUUGGAGGUAGGAAUAUUGUGGUUGUCCCUCAUCGUAUAAGCACGCGGGGAUAACGUGAUGAUAACUAGGGUACUCUGGUAAAUCCAUAUUGAGUUGUUUAAAUAUCGAGACCUAUGGAUGAAUGGUGUUGGUAUAUUUAGAUGUUGAUGUAGUCAAUAUUCUAGACGAAGUUUUUUUUUUCCAUUCCACUUAUAUCUUUAUAUAUACUUAAAGUAAGUUGAGUAUAUACUUUGUUAUUUAAAGUAUCGGAACCAUAUCUGUUAGUUAAGGGAGUAAAAGUUUAUUGGUAGAUACGUGGAUUUAGUUUUUCCUUUUAAGGCAUUUUUACGUCGUUUAAAAUCCAUGAGAGUAGACUGGAGCUGUGAGUGUGCGGAGGCA